UUUUGUUUUUCCAUAUGUAUUUUUUUGCUUUGGCCUUCUCUUAAUAAUAUUGUAAUCAUCAUUUUAAAAAAUAAAAAUAAAAAUUCCCAUGUUUGGAAAUACAAAGCUUUGUAUUGGAUUUCGUGUUUUCUAUGUUUGCAGCUACAAAGCUUUAUUUGGAUGUUGUGUUUUUUCAAAAUAAAAAUAAAAAUCCUGGUUGUGGCUCUUGGUGAUUCUUUGUAGCUCUUGAUGAAAUGGAGCAACUUUGAAUUCAAAUCAUAGAAGGAAGUUGCAAUUAAAUGAAAAAAGCAUCAUGAAAAGAUGUGUCUUAUCAUGGAAGGGACUAUAAAAUCCAAUCUUGGGUCUCCUCUCUCCACCAUUUUGUGAUUUUGAGACAUUGUGAAAAUUUUGCAGAAAUUGCAAAAGUGAAAAUUGCAGGUGUGUAAAUUGCAGAAGUUUGUUCGGGGUGUAUAGUUUUGUAGGCCGAAGUCUACAUUUCUCCAGUUCAAGAGAGGAGGCUUAUUGUAUCUUGGAGACGGAUUUGUUACCUCCAUUAUCAAAAUCCAAGAGUGACAGGAAGCAGUUCAUCAAUUUCCAUUCAGACCAUGGCUCUAGAUCCAACAUGGGUGAGUUCUUUGAAAGAGAAGAUCCAGACCAAUCGCCAAAUACUAAAAGAGUCGGCAGGUAGUAUUUCAUGUUCCAUCUACAGAGUUCCCCAUGGCUUCCGCAAAGCCAACGAAGAGGCCUACACCCCUCAGAUUGUCUCUGUGGGCCCAUUCCACCAUGGCAAGCAAAUGCUAAAGGCCAUGGAAGAGCAUAAAUAUAGGUACUUGCAUGAGGUCAUCUCUCGGGCAGGCGACAAUGGAUUGGAAAUUUAUUUGAUGGCCAUCAAGGAGUUGGAGCAGCUUGCACGGGAGUGUUAUUCGGAAACCAUCAACCUCAACAGCACCGAAUUCGUUGAGAUGAUGGUGGUUGAUGGUUGCUUCAUUCUCGAGCUCCUCCGCAAGGGGGUUAGUCUUUCGGACAUCACAAAUGACCCCAUCUUCACACUGCUCUGGCUCAAGCCCAAGCUGAAGAGUGAUUUGCUGUUGCUCGAAAACCAAAUUCCAUUCUUUGUUCUUGAACGUUUAUUUGAUCUAAUGGACUUUUCACUGCAGCCAAGUGUCUCUCUCAGAAGCAUCAUCCUCGACUUCUUCGAGGGCAUGUUGCCAAGAGGCCCAAUAAGUUUAAAAGAAAAUCUGAAUUCUAAUACCAAGACCAAUCACGAAAUCCAGCAUUUGCUACACCUAUUUCACUCAAGUCACCUUCCUGAUAUCCCAGGCACGGUAAUACCACACGAACAAUUACAAUUGACAUGCGCAAUAAAACUUCAACAGGCAGGGGUGAUGUUCAAGGCGAGUAAUGCUAAUAGCUUCUUAGAUAUCAAAUUCAGAAAAGGGGUGUUAAGAAUUCCACCUUUAUUUAUUGGAGAUUUGUUCAACCCGCUCCUCCUAAACCUCAUUGCCUUCGAACAAUGCUAUUCUCAUUGCAGUAACCAUGUUACGGCUUACACCACUUUCAUGAAUUAUCUCAUCAACUCUGCAGAAGAUGUUGAGAUUCUUUGCCACAAUAAAAUCAUCUAUAAUGGGCUGGGCAGUGAUGCAGAGGUGGCUGAUCUCUUCAGCAAGCUCGGUAGAGAUGUAGUCUGCAAUCCCAACGAUUUCUAUCUUUUUGAUGUUUUUGAGGGCUUAGAUCUGUAUUACAGGACCCCAUGGCAUGCUUGGCGUGCGAACUUGAUGCACAGCUACUUCAGCAAUCCGUGGGCCAUCAUUUCCCUGAUUGGUGUUGUGAUUCUCCUCAUCCUCACAUUCAUACAGACAUUCUUUGCUGCAUUUUCAUAUUUCCGCCCGCCAUCAUAGAGCCAUGCUUGAACUUGAAGAUGGGCUAUGGACGUUUCAUUUCCCAAUUCGAAGUUAGAUCCCCGAACUUAGAUAACCAACCUUCAAGGUGAUCCUUUUCAAUUUAUUGUUUAUCCAUGUAUUGAAGAAAAAUGUAUUGUCUCAAAAUGAUAUCUAUAUUUAGCAUCUCCAAUUUAUGAGUC